AUGUCCAGACACCAACUUUUACAAACUAAAACUUUACAAUAUUGCUUAAAAGCACCUAAAACUACAAAAAAUACAACUCUUAAUUAUGAUAAUAUUUCAAUAUUCCAAGUUAAUAAUAAUUGGCCGCAGCAAGAAGAUUCAAAUGAAAUCGAUGAAAUUGAAACCCAAAAUUGGCAACAUGAUAACCAAGAAUUUGGAUAUGACGAUAACAACAAUAGAAACUUCAAAUAUUAUAAUAGAGAACCUAAUAAUGACAAAUUGAAUGAAACAAGUUGGAAUAAUAUGGAAUAUGACAAUGAAAUUCAGAAGAUCAAUUUGGCAUAUUUGACAACUUUACAACUAUGGCGAUGUUUACCAAAAACAGCUUAUUACAACUUAAUUCAAAUUUUACUUCAUUCACAAUUUGAUAAAACUUAUCUAAUUACUAAUCUACCAACACUCAAAAAAUAUUGUGAAAAAUUACCUUUAAUGCAAAUCCGAAGUCAUAAAGUUCCAAUUAAUACUCGAAAUACACCAUCUACAACAAAAAAUUUUACAAAA